GUACUUGAGAAAUUUAGGGAGUUGUCUCUCGAAAGCGAAAGUGCUUCAAUACAGCGGCAUUGAAAGUAAUCGGUUCUUUUCUGUUAUUGCAGUCCAAGAUACUUGUGAACCAUUCAAACGUUAACAGUUGUAAGUAUCACUGUAAAAAUUGAAGAUGGGGAACAUUUCUGCCGAGAAGCUCAGGGAGCUGAUUUUUACAAAUGUUUACAGAGAAAGGGCCUUGCAUCUGAGUGGUAACGGGUUGUCAAAAGUUCCUGAAGCUGUUUUUGAGCUGACUGAAUUGGAGGAACUUAACUUGUCAGGUAAUUGUCUGAAAGAAUUACCAACAAGUAUUAACAGGCUGAAAAAUCUGAAAGGGCUGAGAUUAGACCGGAACCAGUUGAGAGAACUACCUCACAGUAUUUGUGAGUUGAGCAACCUGACCAGGCUUACUGUGAGUAACAACCAGUUGUCUGUUCUACCUCCAAACAUUAAACAUCUCAAGAAUCUCUGGGUAUUGGACUUGAGUGAUAACCAGUUGACUACAUUGCCUGAUGAGAUUGGUGAACUGAAGGAGCUGGCAUGGCUGUAUGUGAGUAGCAACAAGCUGACAGUUUUAUCAUCACACAUAAAGCAUCUCAAUAAACUCUGGGAACUGGAUUUGAGUGGUAACCAGUUGACUACAUUGCCUGAUGAGAUUGGUGAACUGAAGAAGCUGAGAUGGCUGUAUGUGACUGAUAAUCCUCUAACAUUGGAAGGAAUGAGAAAGGUUGUGAAGCUUCAGAACAAUAAGAUGAUGUUUUCCAAAGAUGUUACGGAACAUGUAUUUGGACGAGAAGCAGAAGGACAAAGAGCACAACUGGCUUAUGAAAAGGCUCUAAGAGACGGCUUUGUAAAUGUUUACCGUGGUCGCAUGUUACUAAUUGGUCAGGACCGUGCUGGUAAAACCAGUCUAAAGAAGAGUCUCUUAGGCCUGCCAUUUGACCCUAAAGAACAGAGUACUGAGGGAAUUGAAGUACAAGCUUCAACAUGUAAAAUUGAAGUUGAGCAAGUUAAGAACUGGCAUUCCACCCAUGAGAACAAACCAGGAUUGGUAAUUAGUCCUAAAGAGAUAUCAAGGGUGGUGGCGGAGAAACUUUGUGACAUAACAAUGGAAUUAGAAAAGGGACAUUCUACAACAGCAACAGAAGUAGCUGUAAUGACAGAAGAAGAACAUUUUAAAGAAGAAGAGGGAGGAUUGUCUGAAGAAAUUUCUUUUGGGAAUUUUGACAGAAAAGUGAUGGACUUGGAAUUUGGAGCUGACAGAAAUGAUCCCAACAAGCAUAAGGUUUGAAUAAAGUUAAUUGUUUAGAGGUACAAUGUAUAUUUAAUGCAGACAUCUCAAAUGUAGCAGAAAUAGGUUAACUGUCACCAGAGAAUUUGAGAACAAAAGCACUUCCUGUUUUGUUAGUCUUAAGUUUGCAACAUGUAACAAACAACCUGAGUUGAUGUGCAGUACCGCCUGAAAGUAUGGACCCAUCAGGUUGCGGCAAAACCUCGUCUUUGCCGCAUGCUCCCACCUCACGUCCACCACAGGUGAAAAUAUGUAGCACCGCGGUAAAGACGAGUGCUACCGCAAUGGAAUAAAUAGUGCGGCAAAACAGAUGAGGUAAUACCUCAGGAAAGUAACAUAUGUGUAUCGAGUAGAGUGGCAUUUUUCAUCAACGUUGCAUGUAAACUCCAUCAUAAUUUGGAAUCAAGAAACACACUUGGUGCAAAGUCGAACAUUUUACAUGUAAAUGCCUAUCCUCUACUUUUGAAAUCUACAUGUGCUGACUUUUGGUAGGCCCUCUUAUGAACUCUGACUACACUAUUCGUAGCCAUUUAAUUAAGGGUUCCCAGGGUUUUGAAGGUCACUUGAUUAGAAUGGCAACAGGAUGGAGCGGUCUACUACUGCCAUAAUCAACAACGUGUUGAUACAGCGCCAUUAAAGUACAUCUGUUGAUCCAUAAUUACGGCAACACGCGCUAAACGUUACCAGUUUCAGGUAAAAAUGUAACUGUUUGUCAUCUAGUUCAUUUUUUCUUUAAUUUUAAAAUCGAUGCAUUGAAACUAGUAAUGCAACUUCAUGAUUUUGUAUUGGAAACAACAGAGUGUGUAGCAUCUUUUGAUUUCCACGAAAGGUCACUUGAAAUGUAAAAAAAUCUUCUUGCCUAAACUGGUGAAAGGUUUCGAUUCUCCUUUUGAUCAAGUGUAUAAAGGCGAAUGAUAUAAAUACCCAUAGGAAUCUUGGCUUACAGGAAGAUUACAUGUAUUGAAGGCCAUCAUGAGGAAUAAAGAGCAGUCGCCACUCUAAGAACAAGAAGAUCUUUAAGAUCUUACAACCACGCUUUUAAAACUUAACUGUUUUGGUAGCACUAUACAGUCUCACUGCAAUGCACAUUCCAAAGCAGUCCUUGAAGAUUCAUUGAUUACUGCAGACACCACAUCAGUUGAUCAACACAACCUGUAUUAUUGCACCAUCAGUCGUAGGCGUUGUGAAAUUGCCGAUGAUGUAAUUACUUCCAGCACAUGUCAUAAUAUGGGAUCAGGAGUGACCCGAAGGAAAAAAAAACGGAAA